UCUUCACAGCUCUUGGGUGCCCCUCUUCCCCCAAAAUCUAGAUGAAGAAGUUUCUAUUACUAAUGAGUCUUUAUCUGGUUGGAUCUGCCAGAGGAGCGUCAGGUCAGCCUGAUGAGCCUCCUCAGUCUAUGAAUCAUCAAGCUUCAGUUCAGCAAUUUUCAGGUCGGUCCUUUUCACUUGAAAACCCUUCAUUUGGUGGUAAGGCUUUAUAUGAGACUUCUUCAGCCGAGAGCAGUUUAAGUGAACAUGCUUCAGCUGAACACACUUCAGGUGAGCACGCUUCAGCUGAACACGCUUCAGGUGAGCAUGCUUCAGGUGAACACGCUUCAGGUGAGCAUGUUUCAGGUGAGCAUGCUGUGACUGAACACACAUCAGGUGAACACACCACUUCUGGUGAACAACCUUCAGGUGAACAGACUUCUGGUGAAAAGCCUUCAGGUGACCAGACUUCUGGUGAGCAGUCUUCCAUUGAAAAGCCUUCAGGUGAACAGCCUUCAGCUGAACAGGUUUUGGGCGAAAAUACUUCAGGUGAACAGGUUUCAGCUGAAAAGCCUUCUGGUGAACAAGUUUCAAGUGAGAAGCCUUCAGGCGAACAGGUUUCAGGUGAACAAGCUUCAGGUGAACAGGCUUCAGGUGAAAAGCUACUGGGUGAACAGCCUACAGGCAUCCCACCUUCAAGCACAUUUUCAGGCCCAAUAUUAAAUUGCCACACAUGCUCAUAUAUGAAUGAUCAAGGAAAAUGUCUUCGUGGAGAGGGGGUCUGCUCCACUCAGAAUUCCCAGCAGUGCAUGUUAAAGAAGAUCUUUGAAGGUGGAAAACUCCAAUUCAUGGUUCAGGGGUGUGAGAACAUGUGCCCAUCAAUGAACCUCUUCUCCCAUGGAACCAGGAUGCAAAUUAUCUGCUGUCGGAACCAAUCUUUCUGCAACAAGAUCUAGAAGCCUGUGCCCUUGCCUCCCGCCCUGACUCAGGCAUCAAAAAUUCUCUGUUACCCUACUGGGCUCCAUUUAUUUUUAGUUUCUCCCCCAGUCAGUAACUAAUGACAUCUGCCUCCGCCUGAGUGUCAGACAGGAUGUUCAAAUCUCUCACCUUUCCUUCUAUCCAUGCCCUAUUAAGCCAUUCUUCGCUGUCAUCUGCCUUCCCUUACUCCAUCUCUCAACAUUCUUCUCUUUCUCAAUAAAUUCCGCAUGAUAAAGAA